AUGGCCAACCGGGCUCAAAUUCCGGCCAAGAUGAAGGCGAUUCAAAUCAAACAGUUCAACGAACCCUACGCGAUAUCCGAAGUGGCCGUGCCCUCACCAAAACCUUACCAGGUUCUCAUCAAGAUCAAGGCUGGUGGCUACUGCCAUACGGACUGUAUGGCUCAUGAGAAUGCUUUCGGCACUCAAUUGCCCUUCAUUGGAUCACACGAGCCCGCAGGGGUUGUUGUGAGUGUAGGUUCUGAGGUGAAGGGCUUCAAGAAUGGAGAUAGGGUAGGAUGUAUCAAUUUUGAUAGCUGUUGUGGGGUAUGCCCCGACUGCCUGGCUGGACGACCAAUCUACUGCGAUAAUCCCAAGAUGAAAGGGCUGACUACAGACGGUGCCUGGGCUGAGUACAUGGUUGCCGACGCACGCUUUAUUGUGAAUCUCCCUGAUUCGAUGGAUUUCCCGACAGCCGCGUGUCUAAUGUGUGCCGGCAUGAGCGUGUACGGAGCAAUCAAAAAGGCAGAAGUACCUGCGGGCGGCUCUCUCGCCAUGGUAGGAGUUGGCGGAUUGGGACAUAUCGGUACACAGGUGGCAAAAGCAAUGGGAUAUAAAGUUGUCGCCAUCGACGUGAAGCAAAGCUCCCUCGACCUAGCUAAUUCAUACGAGCUCAAGCCCGACGUGAAUAUUCUUGCAACGCAGCCAGCAUCAGAGGCAAUGGAAACCAUCACGGAGGCGAUAAAGGGACAUUACCCCGGUGUUGACGCGGCAAUUCUCGCUACUGAUGCCCCACCUGCAUUUGACUUUGCGGCUGCUAUCACAAGGAAACACGGAACUCUUGUUCUUCUUGGGCAGCCAGAAAAGGGGAUAAAUAUGUCAUAUGCCAACGUCAUCUACCGCGAUCUGAAGUUGGUGGGCUCCUUGGUCGCUGAUCAAGCUGACACGCAGGAUCUCGUGAAUCUUGUGGCGAAACACAAUAUUCAAGUGGAGAUCAAGACUUGGGAGCCGGAGCAGGCAGAAAAGAUGCGGAAGACGUACCUCGAAGGAUCCGCCUCCGGGAAGAAUGUCAUAGUCUUUGAGUGA